AUGAAAGAUACCGAUAGGUCGAAAUAUAAUUUGGAGAAAGACGACAAUGGCUACAUCACUGUAAUAUUGGAGAAGAAGAAUUACAUUUUUGUUCCUCAGAGUCCGUGGAGAGAUGUGCCUUUCUUCUGUGUAAAAGAUGCAAGAUCUUCUUUGACCACAUCGAAACCAAAAGAUGAGACCCACGAGACCAUGCCAGAUACUACUUUCACGACAGACUCCGAUAUGGUUUCUAAUUGCCUCAUCAGAGAGACAUGGAUUCCUUAUUGCCCGGAGACAGAAAAAAUUGGUUUGUGCACUGCAGACGAUCUUCUAAGAGCUCAAUUUAAUUGUCGCUCAAAUGAAAUGGAUUCCUACCAUAUCAGUUCUAAGCAUCUUGAUGUGUUUAAAGAGGAAUUGAAAGAUCUUGAAAAGUGUAUGCUAUCAAUAUAUAAGACAACUACUGUUCAUUUUUGGACCCUAAUGCAGUGGGCGAUAUUUGAUGAAAAUCCCUAUGAGUUGAACGACGAAGAUUUCCAGUUCAUUGAAAGAAAUAUUGCAAAGAACAAUGCGAAGAUGUAUAAUCUAACAUUUGACUCCUUCGGUUACAUCACAGUCUUCUAUGAAUGGAAAGAGGAUAGACAUAAUCCUUAUGUAUUUGUUGUUCAGGAUGGAAAGAAGAAAGUGCCUUAUUUCUGCAUGAAAGAUAUCCCACUUUCUUCCACUACUUCAGAACCAACCUUGGGCGUAACCACGCCAGAUUUUGUAAAUAAAACUGAACCAGAUACAACGCUCAUCACAGAAAUACCACCCAAUACUACUACGGUCACAGACUGCAAUCAGACUACACCGGAUACUACUGUAACUACAGACUUCAAUGAAAUUGACCAGAAUUGCGUCAUAGAUGAAAGAUGGGUUCCCUAUUGCCCAGAAAAGAAAGAAAUCGGUCUAUGUUCUGCCAGGAAUGUAACAGAAGCUCUAAAUAUCUGCCAGAAGAAUACCAUGGUUUUCUACCAGCCUACGAAUUUAACUGUAUUCGAGAAAGAGUUGCAAACACUCGAAACGUGUUUACAGUCAAAAAGCAAAGAAAGUAAAGUACAUUUUUGGACCCUAAUAAUGAUAUCAAUGACUGAACUUUAUCCGAUGCACGGUGUAUCUUUCUUGACUGACAACUUAAAGCAAGACAAAUUAGAGAAAUACAAUAUAACUGCGGAUAGAGAAGGUUUCAUCACAGUCAUGUUUGGGUGCGAGGAUAUAAGUAUAAAUCCUUUUGUGUUCAUCGUUCAGGAAUCAUUCAAAAAUGUGCCUUUCUUCUGCCUGAAGAAUAGAACGCCUACCCCUACGAAAUCAAGUUGGGAUUUCUUGAACAACACUACAGCAAGUGAGAAGAUCUAUACAGAGGUAGAUUUUAUCGGAACUUGCAAAGAAAGAAAUGAAACAGUUAAAGAUAUGUUUUUAACGUUUCCUGAGACAGAAUACGAUGCAGAAGCAAAAGUUCUCUGCCCAAAAGGUUAUUAUGGAACAAUUACAUGGAACUGUAGCUAUGAAGUAAAAGAUUUCAUAGACAAACCAGUUGGAAAUUGCACAUUCUUCAACUGCUCAGAGCCUUUUUAUGGAAACGAGGAGGAUUAUAUGCAGUACGAAGCUGAGUACUUGGCCAAUUGUGAAGGAGAGAAAGUGGAUCUCGAAGAUUUGAUGGAGAAAACUCGUGAAUGGUUGGAGAAAUUUAAACCAAAAGCUGGCGGGGAUUCAGGAGAUCCACGCAAUAGACCAAGAAUAGAGAAAGAUUUUGAGAAUGUCGUUGGUGCAUAUGACAGAAUAAUUAAAAAAGACGCUGUUGUCUGGAAGAAAAUGGAACAGAGGAAACGUAGGGAUAUGGCAUUUAACAUAAUUAAAGAAACAGAGAAAUGGGCGUGGAUGAUGGGCUGUCAUAAAAUAACUGGAUCCAUGACGAAGGAAAAUAUUGCCCUAGAAGUGUUCAAAUUGGAGAAGAAAAAGGAUUUCAAUAUCAGUUUGGCGUCCAAAACUGUGGCUGAAAUCCACUUGCCGGAAAAUCUAUCCCCCAGAACUCGUAACUCAUGCGGAGGUGAAGAAGAAGUACAGAGAGGAAUUCUCGCUGUUUUUAAGAACAUGGAAGAACACAUGACUCCAAACUGUACAGAGGAUGUGAAUGUAAGCUCAAGUAUUGUAGGUGUAAGUGUAGGCGGGAAUGGAAGUUACUUCUUCCCUGAAGGUCAAGUCAUUAAAGUGAAAAUUUAUCACGACCCUCGACCAGAAAACGCUCGUCCUCUCUGUGUCUUUCUCAACUACACAAACAAAGACAGGAAUAGUAGAUACGGAAUUUGGGAUAUCUCAGGCUGCGAUGUCGAUAAUGGUACAAAUGAUCCUAAUUUCACUAUAUGCGUCUGUAAUCACAUGACCAAUUUCGCGGUUCUUAUGGACUUCACAAACCAUGAGUAUUCCGAAGAAGAGGAAAGCGCAUUAAAAUGUCUCUCUCUGAUAUGCCUAGGAUUGUCUACUGUGGCUCUUGUUCUGACAAUUAUUGUCUAUGGGACGAUUAAGUCUCUUCAUAACAGGCGAAAUACAAUCACUCUAAACUUGGCCAUAUGUUUGUUAGCCAUAUGUAUUCUGGUACAAACCGGUUUAAAGAGAACCAAUAAACGACAGACUGUGGCGUGUAUGGUAGUAUCAGCUUUAUUGCAAUACUUUGUACUGUCAUCUUUCUUCUGGAUGUUACUUGAAGGAGUACUUCUGUACAAAAUGGUUAUACUUGUUUUCGAGACAAGAAGAACUCGUCCGAUCAUCUUGUACGCCAUUGCAUAUGGUAUUCCUUUUGUUAUUGUUCCGCUGUCUUCUGUUACCCAUCCUGAUUUGCUAAUUAGAGAUGAUAACUGUUGGAUAUCUCAUGAGAAAGGUAUGAUUUGGAGUGUUUUGGGUCCCAUCUUGCUCGUCAUUGUGGUCAAUCUUAUUAUAUUUUGCUUGACGUUGCACGCCACUACGAAAUUGCAGAAAAUAAAGCAACAGUCGGAAUCCCUAGAAGAGAAGAAGAAAAAUCUGCUGAAACGGUGCAAAGGGAUGUUUUCUUUGAUGGUUCUGUUAGGCUUCACAUGGAUAACUGGUUUUUUCAAAGUACCAGAUGCUGUAGUUUCUGACUAUCUCUUUGUCAUUCUUAGUGGACUUCAGGGCGUUUUCCUAUUUCUAACUCAAAUUAUUUAUAAUGACCAAGUCCGCCAACAACUUUUCCUCUUCUACAAAAAGCAUGUUGCCAAAUUCACAUCUAGGACGUCAUGGACAAUUUUCUCCAUCAGAAAAGUAAAAAUUGAACCAGAACCAAAAAGGAAUUCUGUGGAUUUCAGCGACAUCUCUACGGCCAAAACAGAUCAGGAUUUCAAAAUCAUUCCAACCGCACCGCCAGCAGCAGAAAUCCCAGACUUGUAUCCUGUCAAUAUCGGUCGUGUACCUGAAUUCGUCAGUUCAGAAGUCAAAAUCCAGAAUGUGAUCCUGAAAAACGACGAACCAGCCGGGCCGCCACUGCUGGAAAUCCCAUCGUUGUAUCCUGUCAAUUUCGAAAGUAUUGGGAAUUCAGAAAACCAAACACUGAAUGUGAACCUGGAAGCCGAAACCUCAACACCAGUGACAGAAAUUCCAGUGGCCGAAACUCCAGUGGUGUAUCCUGUCAGGAUCGGAGUUGUCCUGAAUGCUGACGAGCUACGCAAUCGCCAUCCUUUCGGAGUCAAUUAUAACAUAAAAAGCACCACCGAAACGAAGUUUUAUAUUGGUAACCACUAUCACGGCGAUGCUAAAAAGUAACAAGUCUAAUAAAAGAACAGUUACGUAUACCUGUUACUUUAAUGAGGUUAUCCAAGGAAUGAGUUAAUAAUUGCUAAUUUAUCAAAAUCUGAGUUUCGGCUAUAGCUGAUUCAUUAAAAAUUCUAAAGGAUCGUUAUUAAAAAUUUUCUGUAAGUUCUUUGUAACCAUACUUAGAAAACUUUUAAAAUUCAACUCCAAAACUUGUUUAAGUAUCAGCGAAUAGAGAAAAAUAGCUAAUUCCCGAAAAUCAAAGCUCUAAGAUUAUAAUAUUAUACAAUUGCAGUUCGAAAAUUCUAACACUAUGUGGUGUUACAUAUUAUUAAAAACAAACUAGUACUAAAGCUGUUACAACUUAUGUGAUAUAUCAUUAAUAACAUAAAAUAAUAGCUAUAAUUUAUCCGAACCAAAAAUUUAACAAGAGCUGCUUCGUUUCAGCAAUACCUGAUUUGUCAAGGUUUCUAAUGUAUCAGGAAAGAAAAAAAACUUAAUCGUUAACAUCAUGAUUCGAAGAUUAUGAAUGAUUAUGGUUCGAAAAAUAUGUCACUGUAUUAUUAAAAAGAAAACAGUACUAAAGCUGUAACAACUUAUGCAAUAUGUUAAUAUUAUAAUAAAAUAAUAGCUAAUUCAUUGAAUCCUAAGUUUUAGCAAUAGUUGAUUCAUCAGCAGCAGUAGCAAAUUCAUCAACAGUUUAAAAGCAUUGGAGAAAUGCUUGAAGGUUGGCUAGUUAGAUUAAGGUUGAAAUUUAUAAGAUUAUAAUUCGAAGAUUAUGGCAUUGCGCUGCAUUCCAAAACAGUGCUAAAACUAUUUUAAUUGUGAUAUACUCAUGACUACACAAUAAUACUAUGAUUAACAGAAGAAUGCUUAAACGUAUAUUAAUAUGCACUAUGUCUAAUUCUGAGUUUUCUUAAUUGCAUAUUUUUCUUUUACUUUGUAUGUAAUAUUCAUUUAACUGUAAAAACAUACAAAUAUAUCCGAAAUAAACAAGUAGCUAGUUCUGAUUAUA